AUGAGCGACCACCAUCCCGCUCCGGAGAAACUCAACGCAACCGGCUCCCGAACGUACCUUGAACUUGGAUUCAUCGCUGCGAACACCUUUAUUCUCCUGACCACGUUUUUGGUCGGAAUCGCGGCCAACGUCUUCGUCGUGUUUGCCGUGUGCAGGCAGAAAAGCUUACAGACUUCCAACAAUGCGCUAGUGGUGAACUUGGCCAUCAUAGACUUUCUCAGAUGCGUCAUCGACUGCCCGGUCUUGCUCCGGAUCGUUUCGCCGUUCGAUCGGAGUGUCGAAAGCAUUUCGAACCAUCCGGACAAUCUAAGCAAAGGAAAUCCAGAAGAAAUUGUGGAGAAUGACAAGUCGAUUGCAAAAAAUCACCUCAACGUUCAGGCCGUCGCUCAAGAGACGGUUCUGGAUGUAAAUAUGACGCUUAAUGAGAAGGUAGCAGCCAAUCUAGCGUCUCCCGUGACAAAUGCAGGGGCAGAGGAUGUGGCUCAGAAUAUAGAAGGAGCAGUUUGCAUGAUGCCCUCCAAAGCCACCCGGGAAAGAGCCAACAAGAAGAAAGAGAGCAAGAUGGCCAAACGCGCCGGAUACAUAAUAGUCACGUUCCUGCUGUUCUGGUUGCCCAUCAUCACCACCAUCGUUCUCAACUUUGGGGUGCACGGAAAUAAGUAUAUUCAAGUUGCGGUGAUGCACGACUUGGAGGUUCUGUCUGUGUCUGUGGCCUGCGUCACGUCCCUCAGUAACCCCAUCAUCUACGCCGCCGUCAACCCACAGUUUCGGUCCGAGUUUUAUCGACUCCGAAACAAAAUUCAAACCAUGUAUAAAGCUCAGUCCUGA